GCUUGGAGGCGAACGGUGAACUGAUCGGAUUAGUUAAUACGGAAAACGGAAACCCAUCCUUAUAUGACGUGCAUUUCAUAUGAGUCAUUCUGUCAAAGUCAUCCAGUCAUCUUUCACCUGUACCAACGUCAAAGGAAAUUAUUGAUUUGCAAAAAUAAAGCAAAUAAUAAAGUAUUUAAACUUUAAACUUAUUAUUCUUCACUACGUUACGAUAUUUUACACGAAUAUAUGUAACAGGUAUGUAUACAAAAGCGUAUAACGCAAAGCAACUGCCAUUUCAAAUUUCAGGUGUGAACAAUAAGAAAACAUCAUGGAAAGUAAUUAUUCCUCUUAUCAAAAUGGGGGGCAAAACAGAGAGCAAGACUUCCAAAAGCUCUCACAGACCAUUGCUACUAGUAUCCAGAAAAUAUCUCAAAAUGUUUCAUCAAUGCAGCGAAUGGUGAAUCAGAUAGGUACUCAUCAAGAUUCCCAGGAAUUGAGAAAACAACUACAUUCCAUCCAACACUAUACUCAUCAGCUUGUCAAAGAUACCAAUGGAUACCUUAAAGAUCUUGGUGCUAUACCCAGCUCUCUGUCUCAGUCAGAGCAGAGACAACGCAAAAUGCAACGCGAGAGGCUUCAAGAUGAAUUUACAGCUACUCUAAAUGCAUUCCAAAAUGUCCAACGUAGCACAGCUGCUAAGGAAAAGGAACAAGUUAAUAAGGCUAAAGCACAGAUCUAUGGUGAACCACAUUUACCUGGUUAUAAAAGUAAAGACCAGCAGCUGAUUGAACUUCAAGAUAGCCAAUCUAAGCAAAUCCAAAUGCAAGAAGAAGCUGAUCUGAGAGCUUUGCAAGAACAGGAACAGUCUAUCAGGCAGUUAGAGAGCAACAUAGAUGAUGUGAACCAAAUAUUUAAACAACUUGGAGCAUUGGUUCAUGAGCAAGGGGAGAUGAUAGAUAGUAUCGAAGCGAAUGUUGAAAGAACCAGCGAUUUUGUCCAGCAGGGGGCGCAACAGCUGCGCGAGGCUAGCACCUACAAGAACAAAGUCAGAAGGAAGAAAUUGAUAUUUGCUGCUAUUGGUGCUGCAAUUUUAGCUGUGAUCAUACUCAUUAUAAUAUGGCAAACAACAAAUUAAGGUGGUAUUAUAAGUCAACUGCCUAGAAUAUUCUGUAAACCACACAAUCUGAUAAUGAAUGAAAGGAUUCAUACAGAGAACUCCAUAUACCACUGACGUCGUAAUGUGUAUGAGAGAGAAGCGCGAAUAGCGUGCAAUACGUAUGUUAAGAAAAGAUAGAAGCACCACGUUGGCUAGCAACCCGAGUGACGAAGUCAUGGAUGCAGAAGCUGCUUACCGCGUAGCCAUCGACGCACUCUUGCUAAUAUAAUAUUGCACCACUUUUCUCUCGUACACAUUGCUGCAUCAGUGAUGUUUAUAUAAUCACAAUUCACAUAAAGAUUAUUUUGGAAAACAAAUUUCCUUGGAAAGUUUGCUUCAUCCUCACAUUUUUUGUUUUUGAUCCUUUCUCUCUUGAGUUACAGAAUAUGCUAGCAAAGUGUUUCUAAAGUGAAUAUUGGAAGAAUUAUUUUUUAUGUUCAUAAGGAGAAAUGUUUUAUCUAGUCUAGUAAAUUUGGUAUGAAGUUUCAGAUGUAAGUGCUGCCUUGUAAAAUUUAUAUUUUUUGUGAAUUUUGUAUUCAGUGCUUUAGAAACACGUAUUAUAUGUCUAAAGAUACCUAGUAUUUGUUAGCAAUAUAAAAAAUAUUUGGUACUGUAUAUUGAGAUUGUUGACCUGCUCUAAAAGCAUUUAUAAAUUUGAAUUUUUUAGUGCCAAUAAUUUAACGAUUGCAUCGAAUUUCAUUCGUUCAUGGAACUCAAAUUACUGAAACUUAUUUUCCAUUAUAAAUACUGAAAGUAUUCGAAUCAGGCUUUACCCAGGUACAGUUGAUAUGGUUAGGGUGGGCAGGCAAAGGAAAUCAGAGUUAUAACAAUUGAGUAUUUUCAGGUAGUUGUCCAAGAUUUUCCUACUCACCAAGAAUUUAAAGACGUCUAAUGUCUAUUCAAAUCUUUUUUGCUACUCAAAACGACGUAAUUGUGAUGUGACUUUGGAGGGCAUCACACAUCAUUUUGUGACAGCCUGAUUUUUACAUUGUCUAUUCCCAACAUCACUUUAAGUUGCUAUAAAUUAAGUACUAUUUUAUUGCUGUAGAUUUUAACCUCUUACGUCCAUAUUAUGCUUAUAAUUUAUGCACCAUUUUUAUUUGUAUAUAAACAGAUCAUAUAAUAAAUUGUUUUUUCGUUUGA